GCAAUAGUAGUCGUGCAGCCGAAAGGUUAGAACGUGUUCGAGGUGCAUCGAUAGCUCGCGUGUGUGUAUUUCAUACGCACCUUCGCAUUUGGCUUGAUACAUAGAAGAAACAUUCCCUGGCGAGAUGCCGACGUGCACGUGUUCGCUCGAGCGGCAGGCCGAGUACGAGGUGAACCAUGUGUGCGAGCUGAAGCUUCCCGCGGUGCAGGUCGACGAGGAGCUUCACACUCGCAAUAAUCGAAAGGUCGUCCUGCCGAACGGUGAGGCUGGUCUGGAGGAUGAAGAGGAUCGGACCGACGACGCCAUGGAGGUCGAGUGCGCUGUGAGAUACAGAGAUGGCUCAGUGCGUCUCAGGAAUCCGAACAUCGAGCUCAUGGACCAGGACAUCCUGUAUCACCUGGCCCUCGGCAGCGGCUCCCACGACCUCGUCGAGAUGUUCGGUGACAUUAAGUUCGUCUGCAUGGGCGGCACGCCGAAGCGCAUGGAGCAGUUCGCCAACUUCAUAAUGGCCGAGAUCGGACACAAGCUGCCAGCGGGUACGACCCUCCUCGACAUCAGCCAGUAUUCCUACCGGUACUCCAUGUACAAGGUCGGACCCGUCCUCUGCGUCAGCCACGGAAUGGGAAUACCCUCGGUGGGAAUUCUCCUGCACGAGAUCAUCAAGCUGAUGUACCACGCCAAGGUGAAGGACCCGGUGUUCUUCAGGAUCGGCACCUGCGGCGGCGUCGGCAUCGAGGGCGGCACCGUCGUCAUUUCCGAGGAGGCUGUCGACGAGAUGCUCAACCCCUAUUACGAGCAGCACAUCCUGGGCAAAAAAGUCUGCCGGCCAGCGAUACUCGACCGUCAAGUGGUCCGCGAGCUGAAGGCCCUGGCCCACGCGGAAGACCCUUACGACACCGUUUCCGGCAAGACCAUGUGCACGUCCGACUUCUACGAGGGUCAGGGCAGACUCGACGGCGCCUUCUGCGAGUUCAGUGAAACCGAGAAAAACGAGUACUUGAGCAAGCUCCAGGAUGCCGGGGUCGUCAACAUCGAGAUGGAGUGUACCGCCUUCGCGGCCUUGACGCAUCACGCCGGCAUCAAAGCUGGCAUCGUCUGCGUCGCUCUGCUCGAUCGAUUCAAGGGCGAUCAGGUCUGCGCGCCGAAGGAGGUGCUGAACGAGUGGCAGAUGAGGCCGCAGCAGCUGGUCUCGCGAUACAUAAAACGCUACCUGCAACGCAAGGGCCGACUCCACUCGACCGAGAGCCACGGCUCGAUGUGCGUCAAGAGUCCCCGUCGGUUCAAGCUCGUCCAGCAGGAGUCCGAGAACUACGAGUAAAGCCGUCGUCGACGUCCUGUCUCGAAAUUGCAUUUAGAAGGAGGAGAAACAAAAAUAGAGAAAAAAUAUCGACGAGGGGAUCAGCUCUAUUAUGUAUUAUAUAGAGAAAAAAAAGAGAUGGCUUCGCGCAUGCGCUCCUGAAACAAGGUCUGCAGAGAGCCACUGCGCAGGACACGAGAGAGUGUAUUAUUAUAUACCUAGGUGGAUGAAGCAUUGUUUUUUGCGUUGAGUCGAGAGAAAACUGCGCGUGUGCCCACUCGUAUAGGCCGCUAUAGAUAGCAGAGUUGCGUGACGAGUGAGAGAUAGAGAGGUGAAUUUAUGCUGAAAAAAGCAGGUAGUGUGCGCUGAUCGAGGAAAUUUUUUGCGCGUCGCAGCAGGUACGUUACUAUAUGUGCGGAGAAAAAGGACGCGGCGGUGAUCCUGUUUCAUUAUAACCUCUUACACUGUAUUACAAGACCGUAGAUGAAAUUACACCCACACAAGACCAAUAUUUCGGCAGAUACAUAUCGACGUGCGUUAUAGAUACACUUUUACCCCGACGAAUCGUCGUAUUGCUACGGAUUUUCUACGUCCACCCCUCCUGCCCGUAUAUAUGCGAAAUUUUCUCAAGGUCGCUGUUCUGUGCGAGUAUUUCGGUUUCGAACUAAUGCGACGUCUCUUCCGGAAAUUUUAUAGAAUUACUAUGCUUAUGAGGCGAAAUUCGCCUUUGAAAAGGCCCGACGGAGAACGUUCACAAUGUAGUUUUACUUCUGACCUUUCUCGACCGUGCUUUUUCGAAACUUUGAGUUUCUUCCUUGCUCUUCAGCGUUACACUAUCGUUAUACCGUAAUAUCGAUUUCAGACGAAUUCCAAGAUAAUUUUUUCAAUUUCUCCUCGUUUAAUUAUUAUCGAAUUCAAAAUACAAACACCGGAAGGUCGUCCCCGCACUCUUCACGCACGCGAGUAACGCGAGCAAGUUCAAAUUUGAUUCUUAGCCUGCUUGUGACGUACGAAGAAGGGAAAGAAAUGAAACGCGGGCGUUUGCAGGCCACAACGAAAAGUCUGGUAGAGGCAUUUUAGAUUAGUUGGCCCACCGUUUUCUUCGUCGUCCGGUGAGCAUCGGUGUAAGUACACACGUCGAUACUGUGCGACUGUCUGUAUGUUUAUGUAUGUUUAUGUGUUCAGUAACGUAGAUGUGAAGUGUAGAACUAUUAGUUUAAGAGACACGAGCGAUCUUGUACUCGGGUAUAGGUACACCGAUGCAUCCGUGACGCGAUCGAGAUGCGGUAUAUGUAUGGGUAAGAUAUUUCAAUGACAGUUUAUCGAUUCUCGAAGCCAAUAUAACUUUACCGUCUGUAUAAUUCUGAAACUUCAUUCCGGACUGAUCUUUUUCAAAUCCUCUUCGACAUGUUCAAAGCUUCCUGGAAUUCGACUGGGUUAUUGCUUUCGCGUAUUAUUAUUAUAAUGAAUCAAUCGUUUGAAAACGUUACGUAUAUACACCGGUAUAUCUAAGGGUUUCUGACGUUUCGAACAUUCAAUUCGAAUAAAAAGGAUAAAAACACGCGCAAGUAGUAUACGGCAAGCCCCACAACUUUCUCACUAAUUACAGUACAAAACACGUUGUUUAUCGUCACCGAUUAAUCCGAGAACAUGGUGAGUCUUGAAGUGAUUUCAUUUUACAUUGGUUGUGAUUUCAAACGACAAAGACUCUAUUGUAAAAAUACUGUAUAUGAUUUCGAGUACACAUAUCUUGAGGCACUUUAAAAUUCUAAAAAUUGCAGUUACGAAAACUUUAUUAUAUUCAAUAUAUCUCUAUAUAACACCACUGAUUUUUAACACUCUUCUGUGUUAUACACUUGUAUUCAACGCACAUUGAAUUGAAUGAUUACUUCGUUGUACGUAAUUGCAGCUGUUGACGUAUUUUUUUACACAAGAUGAUGCCGAGAGAAAAAAAAUGCGAUAAAGAUACGAAUUCAAGUUACAGCAAUAGUUAUUUCAUAGGUGGUUGCCCGCGGGAGUUGAUAUGAAAAACCAAAACGCCAAGUUUCGAAGCUAGAUUACUAUAUAAAUGUUGCAGGUUAACUAUUACGUAUACCAUUUAUUAUUGAGAAUAAAUACGAUGAGUUUUAGCGAGGAGAAUAAAAAGAAAUCUUGUUGAUGAGCGCCUAUAUCUCUUUCUUCGUCGCUCGAGAAAGAAUUAUGAACUUGUUGAGCGAUUAAUUAAAUAAUUGACGAUUACAAAGUUCCCGAGAACUUGUGUGAAAUUUACGAAAAACGGAAAAAAUUGCAAAAAAAAAAGAAGUAAGGAGGAGAAACGACGUUUGAUCGUAGCAAGAAUAAGUUGUUGUAUAAGAACCAAUUACUCGUAAAAUGAAAAAUAACCGCGUGUUCUUUCUGUGUCUGACGAUUAUACAGAUAAUUGAAAAUCUAAGAUGGAUAUAGCUAUAUCGUUACAUUGAAAUAAACAUGUGAUACGAUAAUACACUGAGAUAUGGUUAAAUGCUUAUUUCAAGAUAACGAAAAAUUUAGUCUAAAAAUAAUACAACAACUGUAUGUCACACGUAAUCCGAGAAACUAAAAUUCCGCACAAGCGAAUCGCGCACCGCCGACGCUUAUAACAAUAAAAAAAAAAAAAAGGACCAGCAGCGUAGCUCGCUAUAUCGUUUUUGCUAAGGUGGUUACGUUUUGCGUGAAACAACGACAUGUGUCUGUGAUGCGAAUUUUCGCUGUUAUUAAGUGUUACGAGAGCUGCGCCAACCGAACGCUAUAUUGAUAUACGAGGAUAACUAUUAGGAGAGGCCGCGAGAUGCGCACUUGUCGCCCUUUUCAAAUCGCACUAAAUUCAUAUCUCUAACUAACGUAGCGUGUUGCAACAAUGAUAAAUUUGUAUUUUUAAUCCGAAUCUAUAACAGUCUAACCGAUAAGAAGAAGAAAACAAUCAGCGGCAAGUGCGCCUCGUUGGUUUUCAAAUUUUUCGCCGAUUCCCUUAGUGCGCUACUUUUACUUGGUAGAGCGUAUUAACGCAGAGACGGCUACGUCGAGUUGAACAGCAAAAUGAAAAAAAAAAAAGAAGAAAUUAUUGUAUCGUCUGUUGUAUUGCAUUGUAUUCGUAUUGUAUUGCAUAUUCUACAUUGUAUCGUGAAAUUGAGUGUUCCUCUGUCGAUUCCGAUAGGCAUUAUACCGUUUUAAAAUACAAAAAAAAAACCAGAGUUAUUACAUACAUUACGCAUCCAAGUGCUUACUGUAAUCCGCAAGUUCGUUAUAGCAGAUGAGUGUAUAAGGCAAGAAGAUGAAAAGAAAACACGACGAUAAAUAAAAUCUGUAUUGCGUAUAUAUUUAGAACGAACGUAUACAGAAAAAAGCCCCGCCGUAACUGGAGCUUUUACAUGUAUAUAAUAUAUACGACAUUAUACACGUGCGUUACUACUAGCCGUGACAAAAAAAAAAAAAGAAGUAAAUAAUAAUAAAAAAAGAGUAUUUUUGCGGUCGAUCGUUCCAGAGAGAUUGGGUAUCGUUUUUCUUGUCGCGUUUUAUGCGAGACGCUCGCGAUGAAGACUGCGGCAGCGGUGGUCCCUCGAUUUUCCGAAAAUCACGCGGUGUGCUGGUCACUAUUACGUUCGAGAUCGAAGAUCUACUUGCGGAGGGUACGCUGCACGGCUGGUGUUGAUCGGUUCGUGGCGUUAUAAAAGGGGCAAUAAAAAGAGAGGCUAAUUAUUGAAAAACA